AGUUCAACAGAGUACUUGAUAAUGGCAUCAUUAUCAAAGAUCUUCGCUGCCACGGCGACGUAUCCGUAUCAAGUAGUCAGAUCAAGACUACAGGUAAACAGACCUCCUACUUAUCUCUCAGUGUAAGGUUAUGUCCACAAGAUUAAUUCCAACAGGCACUUUUCAGCUAGUGAUUCACGUGGUACAAAACCGCUAUGCUGGAGAGUAAGGGACACACUGAGACAAGACAAACAAAAGGCUCACUAGACUUUCUCAAAGUCCGUUUCCGGUAUUUGCUUGUUUGGUGGUCAGUUAGCGUUCGUCUUGUUAUUUCUCUUUCGCUCGCUUCGCGCAGUGGACUUGUGGUAAGUCUAAAUGCCUACGUCAUUUAAAAUCGUAAUUCAGGAGCGGAUCUAGGGGGAGGGUGCAGGGGGUGAGCACCCCCCACCCCCCCGAGAUGACCUGCGGUUUUCUAAUACGACUGGUAUUCUGCAAAAAAGAAAAAAAAAAGAGCAAGAGGCGAGUGCACCCCCUCCUAAAAAAAAUCCUGCAUCGGCCCCUGUAAUCCCCUUUGUUUGUCUUCUCCCAGUGCGAUUCUUGCUCUCCAGCAUUACGUUUUGUUUUGUUUGUUUUUUUUUUUUGGCACCACUUGAAUGGCUAGCUGCAAAGGGCCAAUUAAGUUUAUGAACGCAUACAAACUUACAGGUGUUUUUCCCUAUCGACAGAGUCUGGGUUGAAGUCGUAAGAGCAGUCGUUAAAACCCCCCAAAGUCAAAAGAGCGAGGGAGUUGUAAUCAGGACGUUACCGUUUUGCUCCGACUCUACCCACUAUGACAGCAGCAUGCCCAGCCACCCUUUGUAUCCUAUUCUUCCCAAAACAAAAGAAAACUCUGUGCGCCUCCGAGUUCCAAGCAGCCAACUCCCUAGGGGCUACUACCCAGCGCUUUAAAAAUAGUUUCAUCAAUACGCUCUUUAUUAAAAACAACGUAGCAAUCUAAUGUUAAGUUGCUGUUGUUGUUGUUGUUUUUUUUAAUGCUUAUGUUAAUAUUGUAUACAGAAUUUAAAGUUUUGUACUCUUUUGGCUUUUUAACUGAUUUUAAGUUUUGGAAAAUGUAAGUUUUAUAUUAGUUUAGCUUGAAUGUAUUUUUGCUUAAACAAAUAAUAGAGACUAAAGACUUUUAAAAUACGCCGUUGCUUACGAUCUAAUGCGAGAAACCAAACUGUCCGAAAAUUUUAAAAUCUUUAGAAUGCGUUUUGAUUCACCUUGAAACGGCUAGUUGUGGAGCAAGUGUCAAGAAAAAGUUCACCCUAGUAUUUAUUUUAAAUACAAAGUAAAAAAUGUUCAGUUCUUAAAGCUCCCUCUUCUUUUUAUACAGUUUUAAGCUAAGUUAUUCAUCAGAGCUCAUUUCCUUUAUAGCAAUGUUUUUUUGGUUUGUUUUGUUUUAUUUUGUAGAAUCAAUACACGAUGGCCGAAUACAAUGGAGCAGUCGACGUUAUCCGUAAAACGUUCAGGUGAGAUGAAGGACUCGCUGCGCCGAUUUUCUUUUUUAUUGAAAGGAGUUUUUGAAAGUGAAAUUUUCCAGCCCUCCACGAUUUAUACCUUAAACAGUCGCCUUAAAGGUCUUAAAGAGACAGCAGAGUGGCAUGUUCUUUUGAUAAUGAACUCUGUGACCGGCCGGAAUUUAUACCUGCUCCUCCAACCUGCUUUAUUUGGCUGAAAUAAGGCUCAUACGAGAAACAGACAAACCAAACAACACACAAGAAUAGCCAUGGAAAGUUGAAGUGAUAAUAGAAAAUGAUAACUGUAGUUUGACCUGGUUAUAAUGGUCACCCUCGACCGAUAUGUAAGAAACUUGCCGCCUAAUGAAGGUGGUCGCUCAAUAAAAUAUCACAAAAAUUACCCACUGGGUGUGGCCGUCGAAACGCAAUUUAUUGAUAGUCUUCAAUCAAACUGUAAAGCAAUCAACGUCCUUUCAGGCGAACUAUACCAGGGCGACCCUGAUCUGUAUUGAUCUUUCACUUUCUAUUCUUUCAACAAAGUUGCUGGCUUGUAACCGUAACGGGGAAACAAACUGACCAUUAUGAUAAAGCACUAUCCGUUAUCCUGCCGGCCAACCAGACAGUGUGUGCGAUCCCUGACGCUCACACCGAAAUGUCUCAUUCCUUCAUUCUCUUACAUUUACGGGUGGCCGCUAGUACACACAGACAAAAUAACAAGAAAGGCAAAACAUGGGCUGCAAAGGGGUGAUUGAGGUCGUUUAAUAAAGGUGUCCACUUGUUAAAGAUGACGAUUACAAUGUUUGUACUAUAUACAGGGAAGUUCGGAGCUUUGAAAACAACUCGCUGAUACAGAUAAAACGAACAACUAGACAAAACGUAUAGGAAAGACACAUGAAAAAAACAAACAAACAAACAUAGUAAAAGGCACGAGACAAACGUUGUUUGUGAUUAUGUUUGUUUGUUUUUGUUUUUACAGAGUGACUCCAGCGUGUGCUCUGACAUUCGUGGUAUACGAAAACGUCAUCCAUUUUCUCAUGCCGUCCAGCUAA